AUGAUGUUUAUAAUUCCUCUUUUUUUAAUACAUUGUUUAACUUCCAUAUCAGCUAAAGUGACUUAUUUUAAUCUUGAAAAUAUCUAUGGACCAUAUUGCAAUCCAAGAAAUACAUAUACACCAGAUGCAGGCGUUGUCCGAUAUGCUGGAACUCCAUGGACAGGUACAUGUGAAUUGAAUUUACAAAGUUGUUGCUUUCCAGCACCACGUAAUUUAUCUCAAAUGGGUAAUAUAGCCGUUUCAACACGAUUUUAUAUACGUUUACUUAAACCACCAUUAUGUUCAACAGAAGAUGUUACUAUUAUAUCUGAAUCCGGUGAAAAAAUUUUUAUUGAUUGUAAUGUGACAGAUGGUAGUGAAUAUUAUUUAGAUACUGAAAAAUUAACAAUAAUUUAUGAUCGAAGAGAAAAAUUUCCUCUAUCACCAUUUGCAAUGAUUGUUACACCAUUAAAAAUAAAAACAAGAAUGUUUACAUUAUGUGGAUUUGAUUGUUUUACGGAUACAUAUUGUAUUGAUCGAAGUCUUCUUUGUGAUCGAUUUCAAAAUUGUCCGAAUAAUGUUGAUGAAGCUCAUUGUGAAUAUCAUCAUAAUCAUCCGUCAUUAUCACUUCAGGCCAAAAUAAUUCUUCUUGCUGUUUUAUUAACGAUCAUAUCAUUUGAUGUUUUUUCUAUAUUAAUUUGCUAUUUUUGUUGUGGAAUUUCAAAUCAACGUCAUAAUGAUAUGAAAGAUGAAAAACGAACUCCUACGUUAUUAGAAGAAGGUGCUGCUGUUGCUACUCCACUUUUGCAAUCAACAAUCUCUACCGACAAUAAUCAAUCUCAUUGA